AUGGCUCUAAGGACCGUAUUCAUUUUUAUAUGUGCCAUCUCCGUUAUAUCAGCCGCACCUGCAAACCGCGACUCCCAAAGAGCGGAAUAUGACUACGAGUACGAAAAUUCUGCACAAUCUCAGGAACCAGCCGAGUCAAACCACUAUGACGCGUAUAUACAGGACGUUAAAGCAGCUGCGAGCGGAGAAGCCAACAAGAAAGGAUACAGCAGAGGCAGUGGUUUGAGAACAAUAGCUGUUGGCUCAGCUAAUCAAGCGAAAACAGCACUAGGGAAUCAGCAAGCUGCCGCUUAUCAGGCGGCGUACGUAGCCAAGAAUACGCUGGCCCAGUCAGCGUCGCAGGCUAGUGCUACAGCGCAAGCAGCGCUCGCGGGGAAGCAGGUGAUACUUUCGGGUCUCGAGCAGCAGGUCAGGGACGCUAAGGUCGCGCUGCAAGGCGAAGAAAUGCAGUUGCAGCAGGCAAAGAGAGCGGCGCAAUCGGCGGCACAGGCAGCGCAACAGGCUAUGCAUCAGGUGAACGUAAUCCAAGCAGCACUGAACGCUGCGCAAGCGACGUCGGAGAACGCGAACGAGGCAGCGUCACAGGCCGCGGGAGAGCUCGGCGCUCAAACCGCGAUGGUGGGUGCGGCCAGACAACGACUGCAGACCCUACAGGAACAGCUCAAGGGAGUCAGAAUUGACUUCGAGGCUACACAGUCCGCUGCCAGGAAGGCACAGGCUGCCGCACAACAAGCGCAAGCGAACGCAGCGGAAGCAGCAGCGAAGGCAGCGGCCGCCGGCCUAGGCCAGCAGCACGACUCCUCACACGAAGGUACGAGCAGCGAAGAGUACAAACGUGCACCAGAAAACCAGGAGUACUACCAGACGGAAUACCAGCACCACACAGGCCUCGUAAAGGAUAACGUUCUUUCAGAGCCGAGACUACGGCAACAGGAGGAAGGAAACCGGCGUUAUGCUGCACCACAAGAACCCCUAAAAUUCAAUAUGUCCCCUUACAAGUCCCACAUUAAAUCGAAUUCGGUCGAAUUUAAAAUUUUACGCCCACCAAAAAGUGGCCAAGUCUCUGCCACUGGGUCGAAUGGGAACGCAAAGUCUUUAAAUGCUGAAAAUCAUUUUCCCACUUUUAAAAAUGAACAUGUUUUAAGUAGUGCUCUGCCAGAACCAGUUCAUGAAGAACCACCUCAGGAAGAAGAAGAGGAAGACUGCGAGGAGUGA